AUGCAUGAAUGGGGGAUUCACAACAGCAUUAGGCGCGAUUUACUGCUGCUAGAGAACCAACUCCCACUUUUCGUCUUGAGCAAGCUAUAUGACCUGACUGAAGAACCGGACAACCAUAUUGAGUUCGGCCUUGCCGCCAGCGUGUACUUCGGAGGCCCCACCCAAAAUUGGACGAUUGGCGAGGAGACAAAGCAUCUUCUGCAUCUAUAUCACACGUGGCACACUUCUAGCUUGCCUGAAACGCCCCUGCCACUUGAAACGCCCCCGCCAACACGCAAAACAGUUAAAUUCUCGGCGACGGAGCUGAGGGAGUCAGGAGUCAGGUUUAAGGCUGCGCAAGGGGACAAACUGAGCGACAUCAAAUUCGAGAAUGGGACACUCCAAAUACCAGUCUUGAAAAUAGGAGACCGCACCGAAUCAAAAUUUCGAAACCUGGUCGCAUUCGAGCAGUAUCGUCGAAGGAGAAACAUCAACUACUUUACGGAUUAUGUUGUCUUCAUGGAUAGCCUCAUAAACUCUUCAAAGGACGUCGAGCUGCUUCGCCGCGUAGGGAUUAUUAAGAACAAUUUGGGCGAUGAUGAGGUGGUUGCGCAGAUGUUCAACAGGAUAGGUGACUACGUUACUGUAUCCAAUUCCUAUUACUCUGAGAUCUUCCAAAAUCUGAAUGUGCAUUGUGACAAGAGGUGGAACGUCUGGAUGGCGAAACUAAGGAGGGAAUAUUUCCAUAGUCCUUGGGCUUUCUUGUCCAUUCUCGCAGCCAUCGUGUUGCUCCUUCUCACAGCAGCACAAACAAUAGCAGAUUCCCAAUAUGAUGCUGACGGUGGUGGCGGAAGUCGCUUGGACUCAGAUUUAGAUUGCACGAUAUGCAUAGUCGGGGUAUGCAAUUACGAGAAGGUUGAUGGGUCUGGGGCGGUUGAGGAUGAGGAUGAGGGAUAA